AUGGCUGACAGGAGGCGCAUUGUGCAAGUGCUGGGCAAUCUUCUGUCCAACGCCGCCGGAUAUUCGCCCCAGUCGUCAGCCAUACGGGUGUCGGCAGCGGAGAAUGAAUCCCAAGUCGAAAUCUCGAUCUCCGACGAGGGUGUGGGCAUUCCGACUGAGAGACUGCCAUUACUGUUCCUAAAGUUCUCGCGUACAGGAGGCGCGGCUGGCAUCCCGGGGGCAACGGGGACGGGUCUGGGUCUUGCCAUCUGCAAAAGUAUAGUUGAGGCUCACGGAGGACGCAUAUGGGUGGAUAGCGAAGGCGAGGACCAGGGAUCUAGGUUCACUUUCACAAUCCCGGUGGUAGAUCAGGCAGUGACCUCGACUGAGUCAUCACGUUUGCCUGCGGUUUCCAUACCUCAGCGUACUGAGGAGGGAAGCGUGCUGGUGGUGGACGACGACCCUCAAACGCUGAGGCACGUGCGGGAUAUUCUAUCUCAGGCGGGCUACACUGCGCUGUUGGCUGCUAAUUCGGAGGAAGCGCUCGAAAUGCUGCGGCGGAGGCCGAACGUCGCCAUUUUGGACUUCAUGCUCCCGGGGAAGGACGGCAUAGAAUUGAUGGAGGAUAUCCGGGCGAUAACCGAUAUCCCAGUAGUCUUUCUGUCCGCAUACGGCCAAGCCCAGUUCAUCGCCCGUGCACUAGAGAUGGGCGCGGCGGACUAUGUGGUCAAGCCCUUUUCGCCUACUGAGCUUGUGGCAAGGAUUCGCGUCGCACUGCGUACGAGGGUAGAAUCGGCUCUGCCUGAGCAGGCGGGACCCUAUGUCAAUGGCGAUCUGACCAUCGAUUACGAGCGGCGCCUUGUGUUCAUGGCGGGCGAUCCGGUACGGCUGACGGUCACCGAGUACAGCUUGCUCUACGAGUUGUCGCGGAAUGCGGGAAGAGCACUGAGCCACGACUAUCUCAUACUGCGGAUAUGGGGGAUCGGCGUCAUCCAGCGAUCCGAGACUUGUGCGUACUCAUAUUAG